UAAGUAAGGCGUGCAUUAAAUUCAUCCAAAAGCUUAAGAUUCAGAGUUGUUGCUCCAGUGCCAACAACAAAACACAAAAAGUCCCUCAGAUUGAGAGCAAAGAUUCGCAUUUAAUUGGCGCAUUUUCCGUGCCAUUAACAAAAACAACAAGACCACGCUCUGCCGCUGCUGCUGCCUGCCUACCAAUACCAACUUACCAAGAAAAAAACUGACGACGUCCCGCAGUGAAGCUCAUUUAAACGGCACUGAUUAAAAGUGGUUCAUGUAUUAUCAACGCCAACAACAGCCCCAGAUAUUCAAAUCUUCCUAAAUCAUCGAUACCAAUCGUGCGUAUAAGUCAGAAUGGGACAAACACUAUCAGAGCCUGUCACGGCGAAGGAAUCGUCUUAUUGCCAAAACCAGGUAUAUCGCGUGGGCUCUAGUUGCAUGCAAGGCUGGCGCAUAAACAUGGAGGACUCACACACACACAUACUCUCGCUUCCCGAUGAUCCUGGAGCAGCAUUUUUCGCUGUGUACGAUGGACAUGGCGGGGCAACAGUGGCCCAAUACUGUGGUAAACAUUUACACAAGUUUAUACUAAAGCGACCCGAAUAUAACGAGAACGAUAUUGUAAAGGCCCUGAAGCAAGGAUUUUUAGACAUGGAUUACGAAAUGCUACACAAUGACUCAUGUGGCGAACAAAUGGCCGGUUCUACAGCCGUGGUCGUACUUAUCAAGGACAACAUAUUGUAUUGCGCCAAUGCCGGCGACUCACGCGCCAUUGCCUGCGUAAAUGGCGAACUAGAGGUACUUUCGAUUGACCACAAGCCGAAUAAUGAAGCAGAAUCGAAACGCAUUAACGAGGGCGGGGGCUGGGUGGAAUUCAACCGUGUUAAUGGAAAUCUUGCACUCUCACGGGCACUAGGAGAUUUCGUUUUCAAGCGAAAUGCAAACAAAAAGCCGGAAGAGCAAAUCGUUACAGCCUACCCGGACGUAGAGACGCGUAAGAUAUUGGAGGAUUGGGAAUUCAUUUUGCUGGCUUGUGAUGGCAUUUGGGAUGUGAUGAGUAAUGCGGAAGUUCUGCAAUUCUGUCGAUCGCGCAUCGGCAUGGGCAUGUAUCCAGAGGAGAUAUGCGAGGAACUGAUGAAUCAUUGUCUUGCGCCCGACUGCCAGAUGGGCGGUCUGGGUGGUGAUAAUAUGACAGUGGUUCUGGUCUGUCUGCUCCACGAUAAACCAUACGACGACUUGAUCGCGCGUUGUGCGAAUAGCAAUAAAUCUUCACAGAAUAUGUCUUAUGGCGGGUCUAACCCAGAUCCAGAUGUGGCAGCCACAACCGAUACCGAUAACAAAAUUAACGAAGCAACGAGUCAAGAACAACAGCCGGCUACGAAUGUUGCAAGUCCUAGUCUGACGGCCGAGAGUACAGCAGCUAAUAGUUCCGAUAAUAAAGGGGACAAAGAGACUGCAUCGCCCGCAUCUGGGGCACAGUUACACCCUUUUAUCUACUAGUGCGCCUUACAAUAACAUUAAUAAUUAUAAUAAUACAAUUAAUUAGGGUAUUUGCAAUACCAUUUAAGUCAAAUUUAUACUUAAUGAUGUUUAGCGAGUGUUUUUGGUUAAGUUUUGUACAAUCCUUGCAAUUUGUUUUUCCAUUAAAUUUGUUGUAUCCAAAAACCACCCUA